UACAAUCAUUCACUUCACAUAGCAGGCAGGAUUUAAUGAAUGAAACAUAUGAAACACUGUUCCGUCUAAAGAAUAUGGGUAUUGUGGGAGCAUUUAUGUGGGUACCAGCACACAGGGGGGUGCAAGGAAACGAAAGAGCAGAUACACUAGCAACACAAGCGUUAGAAAGGCAGCACAAGACGGACAUUUACACAGCAAAGCAGAAGUUAAAACAAUUAUCAAAAGAAACAUGAUGAAGGAAUGGCAGCAUAGUUGUGAUGGAGGGGAAACAGGAAGACAUCUGUAUGCUGUGCAGAGGGAAGUUGGCAAAGGGAGGCCAGCUAGAAGAAGCAGAGCAGAAGAACACAGAGUCACCAGACUGAGGAUCGGGCCAAGGCUGAACUAAACAAUGCAUCUAGUCAAUAAACAGCCAACAGGACGAUGUGAGACUGUCAAGGACCACAAUCUGGAGAACAGAUCAUUUGUCAUUGUCAGAAAUACACACUUGAGCGACACAUGUUGAAGAGGAAGCUGGGAGUGGAGGAACUAAAUCUAACAGAUGCGUUAAAAUUGGGGGCAGGACAAGUAUUACAAUAUGUGAAAGAAACAGGAUUAAGCAAUAGAAUUUAAAGCACUGACAUUUUUGAAUCUCCCUUUUGUUUUGUUUGUUUUAUUGAUUUUGUUUUGUGGGUAUUUUGUUUGUUUGGUUUUGUAAGGGGAUAGGGUCUCUGGUCCACACUCCACUGCAGUAGGUGGCGGAAAUGCACCGUUCACUGGAUGCCAUCCGCCUACAAAUCUAAAAAGAAGAAGAAGAAGUCAUCAAUUAAACCCCUUUUUAAAUGCGGCUCGGCCGAGUACAGCGCCAAGAUCGAGCUGAAGCGCCAGGGCGUGUCCGUGGCCCAGCGGGUCAUCGAGUACUUCUCGGACGGCUCCAGCAGCACCUUCGCGGUGUCGUUCGACUACCCGGUGCAGAUCGAGCCCGACACCUUCUACACCGCCAGCGCGGUGCUGGACGGCAACGAGCUGAGCUACUUCGGCCAGGAGGGCGUGACGGAGGUGCAGUGCGGCAAGGUGACCUUCCAGUUCCAGUGCUCCUCGGACAGCACCAACGGCACCGGGGUGCAGGGGGGCCAGAUCCCCGAGCUGGUCUUCUACGCCUGAGCGGGGGGGGCUUUUAUUUUGAAGGGGCGAAGACGAUUCUCCGAGGAGGGAGGGACUCGCGACUUUGCCCCGCUGAGCCUCUGGAGACGGUUUGAUGGGAGCGUGAAGAAGUCUGGAAGCUCCCGUUCCUUCACGCCUCUGUUGUUGUUUGUUUACAGCGGUUGUCGAGGUCGGGUCAACACGGCGGUGAUUGGAUGAGACGCCCGGGCAGGACGCUCCGUGUCUCGGCUAAAGCCGUGUGUCAGAUACCCGAGAACUCAAAGUGAAAAUGUCAUAUUGGAACAAAGCAUUCCUGACCGAAGACGCCCAGAGAAGGAAGGGAGAGUCACGUGUAACUGCACAUUUAUUCAUGGUGUGAUGGUACAUUAUGAUCAUAAUCCCACAAAGACACACACACACACACACACACACACCAAUCUCUGCAUUGCUUUGUGCUGAUUGGCUGAUCCGACCUCGUGUGAGGAGGCGGGGUCUGAAUCUGUCACUGUCUGUCCUUUUGUCACGCUCAAUGUUCCUCAUGAUUAAUCUGUUUACUUUGUUGAUAUUAUUAUUAUUAAUCCCAGAGGUCAGAGCGUGUUCAAACGGUUCGUACGGGAGUUGAAGAAGACGAGUCUCUUCCUCACUUUCCUGCUUGACCCCGACGACGUUUAAAAAACACUUCUCGAUGUUUUCCGAUGCGCGGCGCGGGGCAGGUUGUUCUGGCUCCGUCAGUUUUACGUUAAAAACGUUUAAAUGUCGCUCAUCUGACUUUUUCUCUCACGACGAUCCGACUUUGAAAACGUUCCCGAGACGUCAACUUAAAAAAAAACGGACGCAAAACGAAGCACCUGCUUCUGUUUUCACCUGUGCAGGUGUUUACUGUUGUUGUUGUUGUUGUUCCUCCGUGACACUCGGAGCAUCACCGUAA